UGUCUCCUUGAAUGAUUGGAAGGGGACUAGGGGAGGAUGAGGGGGCUCCCUCUGCGGAUUUAUCUUCCUGAGGGAUGCAGACCUGCUGCUAAUUGGAUUUGAUUUAUAAGAGGCAAAUCUACAGUCAAUGGCCACUCUUGUCACGUUGCUACUAUGGAAAACAGAAUGGUCAAUAGGAUAUGGUCUGAUAAAUAGUGAUGAUUGAAGAUGCUACUACAAUACAUGUGAAAUCAAUGGGAGAUACUGGAUACAUAAAGAACUUUCUGAGCUUUUCUUGACAAGCUCUCCUUGAAGAAGUUGGAGGUGUGUUCUACCAUUAUCCAGGCUUUCUCAAGUGGAUACAAAUACCUUUGCCUCAUUGUAACCAGACAACUACACAACUAAUGUGGGACCAUGGCACUGCCCAGAUGCAUGUGGCCAAAUUAUGUGUGGAGAGCAGUAAUGGCAUGCUUGGUACACAGGGGAUUGGGUGCCUCAUUGACUCUCUGUGUGUUGGGAUGUUUACUUCAGGCUGCCCGUGUGCUUUCACAAAAAUUGGAUGAUGCAGACCCAUUGGUGACUACCAACUUUGGCAAGAUAAGAGGGAUGAAGAAAGAACUCAAUAAUGAAAUUUUGGGGCCUGUUAUUCAGUUUCUUGGGGUUCCGUACGCAGCCACACCAACAGGGGAACAUCGUUUUCAGCCUCCAGAACCACCAUCUCCCUGGUCAGAUAUCAGGAAUGCGACGCAGUUUGCUCCUGUGUGUCCCCAGAAUAUCAUUGAUGGCAGGUUGCCAGAAGUCAUGCUUCCUGUGUGGUUUACCAAUAACUUGGAUGUGGUUUCAUCAUAUGUGCAAGACCAGAGUGAAGAUUGCCUGUAUUUAAACAUAUACGUUCCGACUGAGGAUGUAAAAAGAAUAUCCAAGGAAUGUGCCAGAAAACCCGGCAAGAAAAUAUGUAGAAAAGGAGGUCCCCUUACAAAGAAACAGACAGAUGAUUUAGGUGAUAAUGACGGUGCUGAAGAUGAAGAUAUUCGGGACAGUGGGGGUCCCAAACCAGUGAUGGUGUAUAUCCAUGGUGGUUCAUAUAUGGAAGGUACUGGAAAUUUAUAUGAUGGGAGUGUCUUGGCAAGUUAUGGCAAUGUGAUCGUCAUCACAGUCAACUAUCGACUUGGGGUACUUGGUUUCUUAAGCACAGGAGAUCAGGCUGCAAAAGGAAACUAUGGACUCCUUGACCUCAUACAGGCUUUAAGAUGGACUAGUGAGAACAUUGGAUUCUUUGGCGGUGACCCCUUAAGAAUCACUGUUUUUGGAUCUGGCGCUGGGGGUUCAUGUGUCAAUCUGCUGACUUUAUCCCAUUAUUCUGAAGGACUUUUUCAACGAGCAAUAGCUCAAAGUGGAACAGCCCUUUCCAGCUGGGCUGUUAGUUUCCAACCUGCAAAAUAUGCUAGAAUGUUGGCCACAAAAGUUGGUUGCAAUGUUUCAGAUACAGUAGAGUUAGUGGAAUGCCUACAGAAGAAGCCUUACAAAGAACUUGUUGACCAAGAUAUUCAACCAGCACGAUACCACAUAGCCUUUGGACCUGUGAUCGAUGGUGAUGUAAUACCAGAUGACCCUCAGAUAUUGAUGGAGCAAGGAGAGUUUCUCAACUAUGAUAUAAUGUUAGGAGUUAACCAAGGAGAAGGGCUAAAAUUUGUUGAAAAUAUAGUAGAUAGUGAUGAUGGUAUAUCAGCUAGUGAUUUUGACUUUGCUGUUUCCAAUUUUGUUGAUAAUUUAUACGGAUAUCCUGAAGGCAAAGAUGUUUUGAGAGAAACCAUUAAAUUCAUGUAUACUGACUGGGCUGACCGUCAUAACCCUGAAACCAGAAGGAAGACAUUAUUGGCUUUGUUUACAGACCAUCAGUGGGUGGCACCAGCUGUAGCUACAGCAGAUCUUCACUCAAACUUUGGUUCACCUACAUAUUUCUAUGCCUUUUACCAUCAUUGCCAAACAGAUCAGGUUCCAGCUUGGGCUGAUGCAGCUCAUGGAGACGAAGUUCCCUACGUACUAGGAAUCCCCAUGAUUGGACCUACAGAGUUAUUUCCUUGCAAUUUCUCCAAAAAUGAUGUGAUGCUGAGUGCAGUUGUAAUGACGUACUGGACAAAUUUUGCUAAAACUGGUGACCCAAAUCAACCAGUCCCUCAAGACACAAAAUUCAUCCAUACCAAACCCAACCGCUUUGAAGAAGUAGCAUGGACCAGAUAUUCCCAGAAAGAUCAACUUUAUCUCCAUAUUGGAUUAAAACCAAGAGUUAAAGAACAUUACAGAGCCAAUAAGGUGAACCUCUGGUUGGAGCUGGUACCUCAUCUGCAUAAUCUCAAUGACAUUUCUCAGUAUACCUCGACAACAACUAAAGUGCCAUCAACUGACAUCACUUUCAGACCUACAAGAAAGAAUUCUGUACCUGUCACAUCAGCAUUUCCCACUGCCAAGCAGGAUGAUCCCAAACAACAACCGAGUCCAUUUUCAGUGGAUCAAAGGGACUACUCCACAGAGCUGAGCGUCACGAUUGCAGUUGGAGCAUCACUGCUGUUUCUGAACAUCCUUGCCUUUGCAGCCCUGUACUACAAAAAAGAUAAGAGGAGACAUGAUGUUCACAGAAGAUGCAGCCCUCAACGCACUACGACCAACGAUCUGACCCACGCACAAGAAGAGGAGAUCAUGUCCCUCCAAAUGAAGCACACUGAUUUGGAUCAUGAAUGUGAGUCCAUCCAUCCACAUGAGGUGGUUCUUCGGACCGCCUGCCCCCCAGAUUACACACUAGCUAUGAGGAGGUCACCUGAUGAUGUUCCCUUAAUGACACCCAACACCAUUACAAUGAUUCCCAACACUAUACCAGGGAUUCAACCCUUACACACAUUCAAUACAUUUACUGGAGGACAGAACAAUACUCUGCCCCAUCCCCAUCCCCACCCCCAUUCACAUUCAACAACCAGGGUAUAGCCAGAUAAGAGAAAUAAACUCUAUUUUUUUGAUGGAUUGCAGUAAAAGAUUACUGAAGAUUCCUUGGCUUUCAACCUACAAGACUCUUACUAUUUAAAUAAGGAGGAAUAUUAUGUGAAUAUACAUAUCAAGAACUUUGGGGGUUUUGAAAAAAAUUAAA